GUGUGAAGCUUCUUCUUCUCUGCUGUGCUUGUGGAGUGUUUGUUUAUGUCCGGAUACUGAAAGAUGCCUCAGGAACAGUAUGCUCAGAGGAGCACGCUCUCCAACAGCGAGGGACCCCAUGUCUACAAGGUGGGGAUAUAUGGCUGGAGGAAGCGUUGCCUGUACUUCUUUGUUCUGCUCCUCAUGAUACUUAUCCUGGUGAACCUCGCCAUGACCAUCUGGAUACUCAAAGUCAUGAACUUUACGAUUGAUGGAAUGGGGAAUCUCAGAAUCACAGACAAAGGUUUACGACUAGAAGGAGAUUCAGAAUUUUUGAAACCUCUGUAUGCCAAAGAAAUCCGCUCCAGGCCGGGGAGCCCGUUGUACCUUCAGUCCGAUCGAAAUAUUACUUUAAAUAUUCUCAACGAGGAUAUGAAGCCUGUUACUCAGCUGGUUACAGGAUCAGAGGGUAUUCAGGCACGUGGAAAGAGCCUCAAGGUAACGUCAAAUGAUGGGAAGCUUUUGUUUUCUGCAGAUGAGAAGGAAGUGGUUGUUGGAGCAGACAGAUUACGAGUUUUAGGAGCAGAAGGAGCAGUUUUCCCAGGCUCUCUGGAAACGCCCUAUGUUAAAGCCGAGCCAUUCCAUCAUCUACGGCUGGAAUCACCGACACGGACCUUGAUCAUGGAGGCACCAAAAGGAAUUGAGAUAAAUGCAGAAGCCGGCGGUCUAGAAGCAUCUUGUAGAACAGAUUUACGGCUAGACUCUACAGACGGAGAGAUCCAGUUAAAAGCAGCUAACGUGAAGCUUCCACAUCUACCACGGGGCUCUUACUCUGCGUCAGCGCCACGGCAGAAUGUGUAUGAGAUCUGUGUGUGCGCCAGUGGAAAACUGUUCUUGUCUCAAGCGGGCAGCGAAUCCACUUGUCAGACAAAUAACAACAUCUGUCUGUAAGAGACUGACAAGCCAAGC